AUGUACCAAUAUGGUUUGAUACGAUAUACAUAUACACAUCUUCGAUACGAAAUAUUAAUCAUGUUUCACUACGUCGUGUACAUUACAAUCUCUUUACUUGUAUCCAAUGGCUAUGGUAGAUCGAUCAGAGCAGCUGUAAAGGAACCAGAACGUUGCUGUUGGAUGAGACAAUACAAUGCAGAUGCUGUAACGCGUAUCUACAUUCGAUCAACUGAUGGAAGCGUAGAAGAAACCAUCGGCUCUAAUACGUUAUCGUAUGAUGCAGAUCGUGGUUUGAUAGGAAUCAAAGGUGAAGUGCUAACGAUGUCAAGCGGAGCUUCAUAUUCAAUGUGGUCUAUUCAAAGCUUUAAUGACAACCAAACGUAUAUUAUAGAUGAAGCUUCAAAAUCCUGUUCAGCCGUUCCAUUCUCAGAACAAACAAUGAGAUGUAUACCAUCAUGGGCUUCCUAUGUAAACGAAAGUACAACUGAAUUUAAUGGAAAGACAAUCGUAUCUGAUACUUGGUUAAUUGAAAAAGAUGGAGUGUCAGCUUAUACAACCGUGAGUCGCGAUGGUCAGUGUAUUCCAUUGAGAGCACAAUUACGUGUACCAGCUGCCCGCAUGAUUUCGAUACAAGAACUUACUCGUUUUGAACCAAACAUCAAGGAUCCAAGUAUCAUGGAUAUCCCGAUACAGUGUCUUGUUUGA